UUUCCCCAUCAGACAACGGCUCUGUGCAACAGGACACACGACUGUGUGAAAAAAUCAUUUCAUAUUCGGAUGGGAGAGACUCACAGCAGGUGAGGAAAAGAGGAUCGUACGGGCUAGAAGAAGGGGAUUGGAACAUAUUGUGUUCUGCAAUAACAGCAGGAGAUACUGCUGCUGGAAACUAAAGGAUAAUAACUAAGCGAGGAGGAGAAGGAGGAGGACACAGAGCAAAGGAUACUUCAUUUUAUUGGACUGGUUUGUUCUCUUGGAUUUCUCACUUCCCUCCUCCUGGGCUGACAGUAAAGGGGGAGGCAGAGUGGCAACCACUGCAGGGAUGAAGUACAACUACCAUGUACCAGUGUCGACGUACACUCGUAGUUCACAGUACACGCCAACAUACCACACACCCACCUAUUACACCCCCUCACAUUACACACCAACGCACUCCACAUCCACGUACGCCUCCACGACAAAGUACACCCCGACACAGUACAGCACAACACAUUACACCCCAUCACAUUACACGUCCGCUUACAAGUCUGCGUCGACGUACGUCCCUUCAUACAGCAAAGGCUCACGGUACAGUUCAACAGAGCGCACACAAGCGCAGGAAAACCCUGCGCCUGUCAUACCUGUCGUCACACCUGCAAAGAGGACUGUGCACUUCCCCAAUGACAUCAUCUUCCAGGAUAUUGUUAGACGAGGAGAUAUGGAGCAAAUCGGUCGGUUCAUGAGGGCGAGGAAGGUUCGUGUGGAUACACUCUUCCACUCAGGUAUGGCGGCACUACACGAAGCUGUGCUAACAGGAAACCUGGAUGUGGUGAAGUUGCUGGUGAAAUACGGCGCCGAUGUUCAUCAGAGAGAUGAAGAUGGAUGGACACCACUCCACAUGGCCUGCAGUGAUGGCUACCCGGAAAUUGCCAGGUAUCUGCUGGCGAUGGGAGCCAGCACAGAAGCUGAAAAUGAAAGUGGAGAGAAGCCCGCAGACCUCAUCGACCCGGACUGCAAAGAACUGCUCAAACUGUUUGAGACAGGCUGCGUGUGAUACUUGGAAAAGACAGAAAACGACAUAUUUAACAGUGUACGGUGCCAAACAAUCCUGUAAAGCGAGAUGGUGAUUCUGUUUGCACAAAUUGCUCUGAGAUUAUUAUUAUUUUUUAAUUGUAGCCUUAAAGCAAUACUGUAUGUCUCUUCAUGGUUGAUUUUAUUUGACUUUAUUUUGUGCAUUUGUGUUUUUAUCAUAGUGCCAGUGUCUAUGCUGCAAAUGUUAAUCCAUGAAUAUCCCCCUUGCUUCACUCUCAGUUGAAUCGAAAUGUCACCUUUACUUGUCGUGUAUGAUCCAUUUCUGAAGAACAUCAGAUUCUUUUCUAUUCUCAUGAGCGUUUCGGUUUAAGUAUUUUUACUCUUGUUCGUGUAAAGCAGUCUGGUUGCACUCUGCAGACUCUAUGAUUGUACUGUAUUUACCACACCGAAUUUGGGCUGAGAUGUUUGUGUUUUAUAGAGAGAGUUAUGAAUCCUCCCUGCUGGGCAGAAAGAGGAUCAUCCAGAUUAAUAAUUGAUACUUCGCUGAUGGUCAGAAAUCAGAAAACAUCAAGCUUAUGCUGUGCAAGCACUACUACUGCUGCAGUAUUUCCUCUCAUGUAUUGCUGUUGUUUUCUGUAGAAGAAAUGCGAACGUCAUCGAUGAAAGUCUUAUAAUUUUCUCUUCUAGAAUUAUUUUUGUACCUUUUCAUAAAUAAAGAGACUUUU